AUGUUUCGGUUAAUUCAAGCGCAGGCCGGGUUGCGGCCGGCGUUGCUCUCGAAAGUGAGGGGCCAGAACGUGCCCCGCUCCGGGGUGACCCUCCAGCAGGGCUCGUUCCGCUCGCUCAACGUCGCCAACCUCCCGCCGGUGCACGAACCCAAGCUGACGGUGGCGCCCCCGAGGUCCCUCGACCCCCGCCCCGAUAAGCUUGAUGCCCCUCGUAUGGACUGGGACACCAAGGCCAAGCUCAACCACUUCCAGGACUGUUUGCAGGAGGCGAUCGUGUUGCAGGACCGCCACAACCCGCGGGCAAAACGGCUGUCUCACGACGCCGCCAAGCGGUUCGAGGCGAUGCAGCGGGUGAUCGAGUUGUUCUUGGAGGACGGCGACUUGCGCCGGGUUCUUCUGAGCCGCAACGUGUUCAACGUGGUGCUGAUGAUGCGCUAUUUAAUCAAAGGUUCCCGCGACGCCCGGUUGCUGGGUUCCAAAAACCGCGAUAAGGACCAGCGGUCGCGGCUGGCUUAUGUCGACGAGGCCACGCUUUCGUUGUUGACUCAACAAAUCACCGAAGUGAUCAACCGCGGCGAGUGUAACGCGGUGCUCAACCCGGGCAUCGUCAAGAUGCUCAUCUCGUGUCUCCAGGAAAUGAACAUGGACCGCGAGCUUUUCGGCCUCUGGGAAUACAACAUCACCUUGCAAGACAUGGCGCCGAUAUACAUGUCGCAGAUCGUCCUCGCCACCGUGCUCCCCCUCGGCUACCUGCUGAACCGGUUCACCUACGAACAGGCGUGGCAGAUCUUCGAGUUGAACAAAGAUACCCCUGACCCUGGCAGCACUCCGCUGGCAUUCACCACCGACCCCCGUCUCCUCUCGCUGAUGGGGCAGAUCGCGGUGUCGGCGGGCGACUACCUGCGUGGGUUGGACUUGUUCGAGCUGUUGCUCCAAUCCUACGAAACCUCGUCCGACCACCAGUCGAAGCUGAUGGUGCUUAGAGCGUUGUGCACUUUGCACUUGGAGUUCAUCCGCAGUUGCAAGGACAUCAGCAUUGCCUCUCACUUCUUCGAUAAGGUGGUCAACAACGACUUGCCCUACCGCCCCCUCCUUAAGGUGGACUGUGUGGCGCUGUUGUUGACCAACAUUCUGGCUCAAAAUAACCUCGACUUGCUCAAACACGUGUGGAUGAAGACUAUUACCUACUACCAAAGCGAAGAGGCUAAGGUGCACAACGCCCAGGCCUUGUACCUGCGGUACUCGGUGGUCAACAACGCGUUCUUCAAGGCAUUCUUCGCCAUGUACCCUCAGCUUAACGACGAGUCACUGGCGGAGUUACGCGACAUUUUGUCGUUGUACCAAGAAAACCGGAAGUUGGACGAGUACAUGGUGAACAACGUCAUCUCUAACUACCUGUGGAACGACAAGCGGGUGUACGACCAGUUGGUGAUGAUGUACGACUCGUUCGGCAUUGACCGUACCCAGGUGCUGUACCGCAUUGCCCUCAAGAAGUUGGGGCUGAUCCCCGAGGCACUGUGUGCCGACAUCGUCGCUCUGUGGAACCAGUCACUCCGCCAGUUGGACGCUGACCGCAUCAAGUACAUCCCCGUGGCCGACUGGGCCGCGUUGAGAGACUCAACCAUUUUUGCCGCCGCCCCCACCCAGGAACGCACCGACCUUUACCUUGCCUUGCUCCAUGCCUACCGUAACUACCAACAAGACAACUCGGCAGUGAAACGGUUUAUCGGCAACUGGAUCAAGCUGCCGGAUUACUUCCCGUUGAUUGCCGGCGUCGUCGACGGGAAAGUUCCCCCGGUGCCGGUGGAGAAGAUCGCCCUCACCAACUUGAAGGAGAACGUCGACUUCAACAGUGUCGCCAACGAAAUCAUCAAAAGAAAAAAGUCCAAGGACCAAUCGAGAUGA